AUGGCAAAUAUAAGUAGUUCUUCCUUUUCAUCUUUUGAAGAUAGUGAAUAUGACGAGUCCUUUCUUUAUGAUAAUUUUGUAGAACGUGAGGAUUUUAGUAUUAGUUUUGAUAGUAUAGAAAAUAUUAGUAAAACGGAAGAAAUAGCAGAUAAUGAAGAAGUGCAAACUAGAUUAAUUUCAGAUGUAUGGAAGUAUUUUACACGAAAAGAACAAGUAAAAGUAAAUCAAAAUGGAGGUGAAGAAAUUGAAAAAUUUAUUCUUUGUAAUGUAGGACAAUGUUAUCUUUCAGGAAAAAAUUCCACAUCCACUCUCGAGCGCCAUUUAAAGGCGAGGCAUCAUGAUGCAUAUAUAGAGUUACAUGAAUAG